UGUCGUAGAGAGAUUUUGUGAAAGCAAAGAAAGUGGUCAAGGUGGAGAAACCUUCAGCCAGAGUUCAGAUGGUAUUGUGAACCAGAAAAUUCCUGGAAUGAAACUAUAUGAAAGCAAUGUGUGUGGGGAAGUCUCCGUUAGUCAUUCCUCCUUUCAUAAGUAUAUCAGAGCUGAUGGCAGACUUAAAUUAUGUACCUAUCAGGAAUAUGGAGAGAAACCCCAUACCCAUAAACAGUAUGGGAAAGCCUUCAGUUAUCACCACUCUUUUCAAACACAUGAAAAGGCUCACACUGGAGAGAAACCCUAUCACUGCAAGGAAUGUAGCAAAUCCUUCAUUUCUCUUGGAAACCUUCGAAAACACACGGUAGCACACAAUGGAGAUAUAUCUUAUAAAUGUAAGGUGUAUGGAAAAGCUUUCAAUUCACCCAAUGUAUUGCAUAUACAAGGAAAAACUCAUGCUGGAGAGAAACCCUAUGAAUGUAGCCAGUGCUCUAAAGCCUUCCCUGAUUACAGUUCCUAUCUAAGACAUGAAAGAACUCACACUGGAGAGAGACCUUAUAAAUGUAAACAAUGUGGGAAAUCCUUUGCUUGUUCCUCUUAUAUUCGAAUACAUGAACGGAUUCACACUGGAGAAAAACUAUAUGAAUGUGAGCAAUGUGGGAAAGCAUUUCAUCGUCUCAGAAACUUUCAAAGACACAUGAUAACUCAUACUGGUGCUGGACCUCAUAAAUGUAAGAUAUGUGCAAAAGUCUUUGAUUCUCCCAGUUCAUUUAGAAGACAUGAAAGAACUCACACUGGAGAGAAACCCUAUGAAUGUAAGCAAUGUGGGAAAGCAUUAUCAGAUCGCACAAGCUUUCAAAGACACAUGAUAACACACACUGGAGAUGGACCUCAUAAAUGUAAGAUAUGUGGGAAGGUCUUUGGUUCUCCCAGUUCAUUUCAAAGACAUGAAAGAACUCACACUGGAGAGAAACCCUAUAAAUGUAAAUGUGGGAAAGCCUAUCGUUAUAUCUAUUCCUUUCAAAAUCAUGAAAGAACUCACAUUGAAGAGCUGUAUAAAUGUAAAGAAUGUGGAAAAUCAUUCUGUUGGUCCACUUCCCUUCUAAGACAUGAAAGGAGUCACACUGGAGAGAAACUCUCAUAA